AUGAAGUGGACCUGGAUCUAUGUGUGUGUUGUCUUGUGGAUGGGAUUCAGCCUCACUGAUGUAGAAGGACAAACUGAAGCUGUGAGGUCAUGCAGCACGGGCUGGCACUUCCACGAGGAUGUCUGCUACUCCUACUUCCUCACUGCCUUACCGUGGGUGGACGCCGGAAGAGCCUGCACUACCCAUGACGCCCAGCUCGUCACCAUCCUGGAAGAGGAGACACAGAUGUUUCUCCAGGGCAUGCUGAAGUACACCGAUAGCGACUACUGGUUAGAUCUCAAGUACGACGGUACCCAGCGGCAAUGGCGUUGGAAGGGCAGCGGGUAUGUCCCUGAGUACAGCAACUGGGCGUCGUUGUCUAAACCGCGUGAGAACGACGACAAGGCUGUGACGUGUGGGUAUAUGACUGGACGCCUCCGGCCCUACCAGACUUUGUCAGGAAGCGUUGGUAUGUGGGGCCAGGCUGGGUGCAACACCAGGAAACGAUUCAUUUGUCAAAAGACACCCACAUUACACAAAUAUACCUGUGAUGACGGCUGGUCUCUGUAUGACAACAUGUGUUUCCAUGGUUACCAGACACCGGAAUCUUGGAGUGUUGCAAGGCAACUAUGUAGAAAGACGCACACAAACGGAGAUCUCUUGACGAUCGGCACACGGGAUCUUCAGCAGAUCAUAAAUAGUGCUAUCGUGGAGCGGCGGGUAAACUACUGGGUGGGGCUGCACUACGACCGAAGCUCAAAGGACUGGAUCUGGCCGGACAUUGGCAAGGUGAUGCAGCGCAAUGGGGAAGCUCGCCAGUAUAGAAUAGUAUAA